AUGAAAAACAAAUGGGUUCAUACCAACUUCCUUGGAGAGGAGUAUCAAGAAAAACUCCUUAAACACCCAACUUGGAAACUGAAACUUUUCAUUAAGGAUGUAGAAGAAAUCUAUGGUGUGAAAAUUAAUAGAUGGCAAGCUGCUAGGGCAAAAAAGUAUGCUUUGUUUGCAUGUAGCAAGGAAAGUGUUGGGACUAGAUGGAGCGUUCUUGAAAGGUUAUGUAAAGGUGAGAUACUAGGUGCCACAGGUAGAGAUGCAAAUAAUCAAAUGUUUCCUGUAGCAUGGGCAAUUGUGGAAUCUGAAUCUAAAGAAAGUUGGUCUUGGUUUAUUAGACAUCUUAUAGAUGAUUUAGAAAUGCAAGACGGAAAAGGAUGGACUCUAUUAUCUGAUCAACAAAAGGGGUUGAUGCCUGUCAUAGCUCAAUUGCUCCCUAAUGUUGCACAUAGGCUAUGUGCGAGACACAUCUUUACAAAUUGGAUAAAGAUUAUCAAGGGAGCUCCAUUACAUAAAUUGUUCUGGAGAGCUGUAAAAGCAUAUAAUGAGAAAACAUUUCUCGACGUUAUGCAAGAAUUAAGAACACAAAGCGGAAAAGCUUAUACGGAGAUGUGUGCAAGAAAUGUGAAAUUUUUUUGUCGAUGCUAUUACAACACUUGGGCCUCUACUGAUGUUACUUGCAACAAUAUGGCAGAAACAUUCAACUCGUGGAUUUCAGAAGCUAGAGAAAAACCAAUUUUGACAAUGUUAGAAGAAAUAAGAAGACAAGUGAUGUGCAGGAUGGUCGAUAAGAAGGCAGAAGCUGCUAAAUGCAAUGGCAUUGUCACCCCUAGAAUUCGAGCUAAAUUGAAUAAUUUUAGGCAAGGUACAAGGAAUUGGAGGGCAAUUGAAGCUAAUACAAAUGUGUAUGAGGUACAACACAUUCAUAAUAGCAACCUAUCAUAUGCUGUCAGACUUGAUCAAAGGAAAUGUGCUUGUAGAUAUUGGGAUGUGAAUGGUUACCCGUGUCUACAUGCAACAACGGAAAUAUGUGCGAAAAUUGAGAAUCCAGAAAGCUAUGCGGGGAUUUGGUAUCACAAAGAUACUUAUCAAACUGCAUACUCAUUCCCUCUAGAGCCCGUGAAUGGACAACAUAUGUGGAAGAAAGUUGAAGGAGGUCCAAUUUUGCCAAGUGAUGCUAGAGUGAAGCAUGGGAGGCCACCAAAUAAGAGGAAGAUAUCAUAUGGUGAAGCUAAGAGUAAAAAACAUCCAUAUAGAAUCCCCAAAAGUGGAAAGCAAUUUUGCUCUAAUUGCAAAGAACCUGGUCAUAAAUACAAGACAUGCCCACAAAGGAUUGCUUAA